AAAAAUACAAUUCAACAGUUGUUGUUCUCUCUUCUCCAGUGUUAAGAAGUAAAUGAAAAAUGAAAGUUAAAGUGAAGAAAAUUUUUUGGUUCAUUUUUUCAUUGGUGUGCAUCAUCAUUGAAGCUGAUGUUAUUAAUUGUAAUACAGACUCGAAGAAAUUGGACGAUAAUCGUUUGGUAUUAAAAUUUUAUAAAAAUUCAACAUUGUCAAUAACUGGUUCUCUAUUAAAACUCUCUGAUAUACCAUUUAAAGAGGAGAGAAUAAAUAAUUCAAUGCCAAAUAUAGGUCAAAUUAUUAAAAUUUUUGCUACUGAAAAAUUAAUUAUCGAUUGUGAUAUAAAUGAAAUUGGUGAUGAAAUGAAUAUCGUUUUUAUUGCUCCACUAUGUCAAGUAGAUGGUUUGAGAAUAAUAAAUUUAGAUGGCAAUUCCGCUGCAGUUAAUCAAAUAUUAAGCGAAAAAAAUGGCACUAUUAAUAAUCAUUCUAAUAAUCAAGGGGAAAAUCAAAAAUUAACAAACGGAAAUGGUGGUAAUUUCUAUGGAAUUUGUCAAAAUUUCAUUAAUGCCGAGAAUCUUUCAAUUUCUGCCAAUAAAGCUGCCAGCAAAUUCAUUGACAAAAAUGGCACCAAUUUUUCAAAAAAUGGCAAAAAUGGCACCAAGGAAAAUUUUGAGUGUUAUUAUGAUAGUGAAAAAACUGUAAAUGGCAAAAAUGGCACUCAAAAAAAUUUCAAAUGCCAAAAUGGAACGAAUGGCAAAAAUGGCACUCUAGAAAAUUACAAAUGCCAAAAUGGAACGAAUGGCAAAAAUGGCACUGAAGACAAAGGAAAAUGCAAAAAUGGCACUCAAGAAAAUUUCAAAUGCCAAAAUGAAACGAAUGGCAAAAAUGGCACUUUUGAACAUAAAAAUGGCAUUGAGGGACUCGAACCAACAGCAAAUGUACGAGAAGGAGAAAUAAUUAUUAUAAUUUUGGAAAAUCCGGAAAAAAAAUAUCCAAAAAUGUCCCCUUCGAAUUUUUCCCACGAUUUUCAAAAAAUGGACAAAUUCAACUUUCUUCAAGUGUUGAAUGAUUUUAAUUUCUUCGCUCAAUCGUCGUAUUUUCUCAAUUCUACCAAAAAUAUAACAAAUUUUCAUAAUUUUCAUCAAAAUCUUCUGAAAAAUGUAAAAAAUUUCUCUCCAAUUCUCCAAUUUAUCGACGAAUUUAUCAAUUUGGAAAAAUUCUACUAUCGUUUCAAUGAAAAUCGUUCAAUUAUUAUUGAUUCCUAUAAAUCGCUUCAAGAUCGUCUGAAUAAUUACAGUGGUGACAAAAUUGAAAAACAAAUUCCAAACGAGGAAAAUAUUUUAAAACAUCUCAGUGAAAAUUUAUCCGUAAGAAUUGAAAAUUUAACGACAAAUUUCCAAACUGAUGAAAAUUUAAAUCAACUUGUAAAAAUUCUGACAAAACGAAAGGAAAAUCGUGAAAAAGUUUCACAACUUCAAGAAGUAUUGUCGACAAAAUUAUUUCUUGAACAAAAUUUUAUCCGAAUUAAAAAUUUCCUCUCCAAUGAAGUACAAGGGAAAAUCGAUAAAUUCACAAAAAAUGUUAAUGAGAAAAUUGAUGAUUUAAUUUGUAAUUUGGAUGAAAAUAAUAAUUUAAAAAGUAGAAAACAGUUGGAAAAUUUAAUUCAAGAGAAAUUUUCAUUGCACACAAUUUAUUUAAUAAAACUUGCAAUUGAAUUCACGUUACCAAUGGUAUUUAUUUUAUUUUUUAAAAAUUUUUAUCAAUUUUCAAAUUCUAGGGAAAAUUUUCCCUUUAAUGAUGUCGAAGAAUUUUAUGAGAAUAUUUAUUUAAAUUACAAUAAUUACGCGGGGAGACGUAUUUUAAUUCUAGCGGAGCACAUAAAUUUUAUUGAUGAAAAGAAAUUAGAGAAUGGAAAAUUGAGAGAAUCAUUAGGCAGUCUUAGGGGAAAAUUGAUGAAUCUUUUUAAAAAUCUCACCUCAUCGUAUUGGAUAAAGAAGGAAAUAUUUAAAUCGGAAAUUGAAAUUCUUUUAGGCGAAGAGAGGAAAUUGAAUUCUUUAUCUGAAAAUAAUAAAAUUUCAUUAGAUAUUAUUCAAAAAUUGAAAAUUGAUUUAAAAUUUGCACAAAUAUUUGGUGAAUCGUAUAAACAAUUUUUAAACAUCACUGAAAUUCAUAAUAUUAUUAAUAAUAUGACGGAUAAAUUUGAUUAUAUAGAAGAAAAACAGCAAAAAUUGUAUGAAGAAGUUUUUCCCGAUUUAAAUACAUUGCGAAAGGAAUUUUUAAUGACAGAAGAAUUUUUACAAUUUGAUGAGUCAAAUCCAAGAAAUAGAUUGUUAAUUUUUGUCUCUGGUUUUUUGAAUGAAAUUUACAUGGAGACAAGUUCAGUUAUUUUACGUGAUUGGCAUAAUGGUAGUUAUGAUAUUUUUUCGAUUAAUCUGAGAAAAACAGCAGAGGAUAUACAAGAAAUGUUGUUAAAAUUGUUGGGAAUGAGAAAAAUAGCUAAGGAUAAAAAUCACAUGGCUAGUGAUCCAUUGAUGAAUUAUAAAUUAUCGUUACUGACCUUAUAUCAAGAGGAUAAUUAUAUUGUGGAUUAUUAUUUGAAAAUUUUGGCAAAAUUCAAGGAGAAUAAUUUUUAUGACAAAGAAUUUUUAAUAAAGAAGAAAAAUUGGAGUAAAAAUUUCCUCGCGGACAAUUGGGGAGAAAUUUUUGAUUCAACGAUUGAACAAAUUGAACGUAAUGUUGAUGUGAUGAUUCGUAAAAAUGUAACCGAUAAAAGUGGGGAUAAAAUAAAAAAUUUGUAAAAUAAA